AUGGGGUUAAGACCUAAAUCAAAUUCCACCUCGAGAAAUCAUAAUGAUGGAGGAUCGCAUUCCAAUUCAUAUUUGCAUUCCAAUUCUAAAUGGUCCAUCAAGAAUAUUAAAACCAACAUACUGAGGAGCUUCUACUCUAACGUUGCAUUAAGGAUCGUAUCAAUACUUUCCGUCUUCAUCUUCAUUCUUUACAUCUUCUCCAAUCUAUUUUAUCCAAACUCUAAUAAUAAAAAUUUAUUUUCUUCAGAGCAUGGAUAUUAUCUUAAUGAGUUACCUGCAUCAAGUCGUUUGAUUUUUCCCCAUGUGGAGCAUUCUCCUGUGUUAAAGGAAAUUGGGAUCAACGCUUUAUACAUUCAGAGAUAUGAAAUGGAUGGAACAAGAAAAUUCGUCUUAAAAGCUGAUGAUAAACCAUUGACGGAUGAGGAUAAAAAGAAAACGACAGAUCAAAUUUUGUUGGUGAAAAGAUCAUUUUUAGAUCAUGGUAAAUUAGUGUAUCGUAAGGAUUCUGAUGAACCAGAAAUUGUUAUUGUCACACUAAUUGAUUUUGAAAAUGAUGAACUGGAUUCCAUUGUUAAAAUCGUUCAAAAUAGAGUGGAUUAUGCUCAAAAGCAUAAGUAUGGUGUAUACAUUCGUUGGGCACAAGAAUUUCUACCGUUAAUGGAGAAACAAACUGUACUUGAAAGCUAUGAACACUUUAAACCCUUAAUUAUGCGUUCUGCCAUUCAUGCAUUCCCAAGAGCUAAAUAUGUUUUCUUUGUUGAUAAGUCUGCAUUGAUCAUGAAUUUGGAUCUAUCAUUACAAAAGCAUUUACUAGAACCAUCAAUACUAGAUUUGACUGUCCUAAGGAACGUCCCAGUCUUACCACAAUCAAAUAUCAAGACGUAUAAUCAUUUUGAUCCACAUAAUGCCAAGAUAAUCAUUCCCCAGACACAAGAUGGAAAAUUAAAUAUGAACUCAUUUAUUCUAUCGACUGAUUUGUACGGGAAAUCCUUCUUGGAGUACUUAAGUGAUCCAAUUAUUGUUAACUAUGCGUUUGAUGAUCUACAAUCAAGUGUAGGUCAUAUCAUUCAAUGGCACCCAAUGUUCUUAAAGAGAACAGCCUUAGUUGUUCCUAAAGUAAUGGCAAGUAAAUACGAUGCCUCUAGAGGGGACACGACUUCAGAUUCAUACCAUUAUACUCCAGGUGAUUUAAUAGCAUCAUUUGAAGGUUGUAAAGAAAGGGGAACCUGUGAUAACGACAUCAAAGAACUGUACUCUAAAAUUAAAAAGGAUUAA